AUGAUCCUCUGGCUCUCCUUAACUGUCUCAAACUCAUCGUUGAUAAUAUUUUCAUACAGAACCGUGUGUGUAUUUAUAUACACACAAAGUGUAGAGUCCAAAUCUAAAUCUGGGAACUACAAUUUUCCAUCUCUUCUUUGUCUGAAGAUUUUCUCUUUCUUGCCUUCGUCUUUUCUCCUGCUUUGCUUCACCGGUCAUCAAUUUAAGUUGGCUGACAUGGCUACGCAUACACCAAAAAACAUCCUCAUAACUGGAGCUGCUGGAUUCAUCGCAUCUCAUGUUGCCAACCGGCUUAUCCGAAAUUAUCCCCACUACAAAAUUGUUGUUCUUGACAAACUUGAUUAUUGUUCAAAUCUGAAGAACCUCAUUCCUUCAAAAUCAUCUCCCAACUUCAAGUUUGUGAAGGGAGAUAUUGGAAGUGCUGACCUUGUCAACUACCUACUCAUUACCGAGUCCAUUGACACAAUAAUGCACUUUGCAGCUCAAACCCAUGUUGACAACUCGUUUGGCAACAGCUUUGAGUUCACCAAGAACAACAUAUAUGGUACUCAUGUCCUAUUAGAGGCCUGCAAGGUAACUGGACAGAUCAAGAGGUUCAUCCAUGUCAGCACUGAUGAGGUCUAUGGAGAGACAGAUGAGGAUGCUGUUGUUGGAAACCACGAGGCAUCACAGUUACUUCCCACAAAUCCUUACUCUGCAACAAAAGCUGGGGCAGAAAUGCUUGUCAUGGCAUAUGGCAGGUCAUAUGGGUUACCUGUGAUCACAACACGUGGAAACAAUGUUUAUGGGCCCAAUCAGUUUCCUGAAAAGUUAAUUCCAAAGUUCAUUCUCCUGGCAAUGCAAGGCAAGCCUCUUCCAAUCCAUGGGGAUGGUUCUAAUGUAAGGAGUUAUUUAUAUUGUGAAGAUGUUGCAGAGGCUUUUGAAGUUAUCCUUCACAAGGGAGAGGUUGGACAUGUUUACAAUAUUGGUACCAAGAAAGAAAGGAGAGUUAUUGAUGUUGCCAAAGAUAUAUGCAGGCUUUUUAAGAAGGACCCAGAUGCUAGUAUAAAAUUUGUGGAGAACAGACCAUUUAAUGACCAGAGAUACUUUCUUGACGAUGAAAAGCUGAAGAUCUUGGGUUGGUCUGAGAGGACCACUUGGGAAGAGGGCUUGAAGAAAACCAUGGACUGGUACAUCAACAAUCCUGAUUGGUGGGGUGAUGUCAGUGGUGCAUUGCUUCCUCAUCCAAGGAUGCUGAUGAUGCCCGGUGGAUUGGAGAGACAUUUUGAUGGAUCUGAUGAAGAAAAACCUUCAUCAUAUAUCUCAACUAAUACUCGAAUGGUCGUUCCAACAUCCAAAAAUGUUAGCCCUUCUCCGAAACAUUCUCUCAAGUUUUUGAUCUAUGGUAGAACAGGUUGGAUUGGGGGUUUGCUGGGGAAAUUGUGUGAAAAGCAAGGGAUUCCCUAUGAAUACGGAAGAGGACGCCUGGAGGAUAGAUCAUCACUUGUGGCUGAUAUCCAGAAUGUGAAGCCUACACACAUUUUUAAUGCUGCAGGAGUGACUGGAAGACCCAAUGUUGAUUGGUGUGAAUCCCAUAAAACAGAAACCAUCCGCACCAACGUUGCUGGUACUUUAACAUUGGCUGAUGUCAGCAGAGAGCAUGGACUCUUGAUGAUAAAUUAUGCUACUGGGUGCAUAUUUGAGUAUGAUGAAGCUCAUCCAGAGGGUUCUGGCAUUGGCUUUAAGGAGGAAGACAAACCCAAUUUCAUUGGUUCUUUCUAUUCCAAAACUAAGGCUAUGGUUGAGGAGCUCUUGAAAGAAUAUGACAAUGUGUGCACCCUCAGGGUUCGCAUGCCAAUUUCAUCUGACUUGAGUAAUCCACGCAACUUCAUCACCAAGAUUUCUCGUUAUAACAAAGUCGUCAACAUUCCAAACAGCAUGACCAUUUUGGAUGAACUUCUGCCUAUUUCUAUUGAGAUGGCGAAGCGAAACUUGAGGGGCAUCUGGAACUUCACAAAUCCUGGGGCAGUGAGCCACAAUGAGAUUCUUGAGAUGUACAGGGAUUACAUUGAUCCAAGCUUCAAGUGGGUUAACUUCAACCUUGAAGAGCAAGCCAAGGUGAUCGUAGCUCCACGGAGCAACAAUGAGAUGGAUGGAACCAAACUGAAGAAAGAGUUCCCUGAGGUUCUUUCCAUCAAGGAAUCACUGAUCAAGUAUGUGUUUGAGCCAAACAAGAAAACUGCUUAA